AUGCCUGUCUCGGGAACUGUGGGCUCGGGGGCAGCGACGAGCCUGUCUGCACCGCCGACGCCCCGCGCCCGCGCGCCGCGCCGAGUGGGCCCCGGCCCAAACCCUGCCGCAAGCGGGACAAAGGGAGCAGCGGCGCGGCUCACCGACCCCGCGCGGCGGGACAGUCGGCCAGACCCGCGGGAACGGGGGCCAAGCACGACCUGCCCGCAGGAACCUGCCCUGCCCCAGCCCGCCGCGCCUCGCUGGCGUCCUGCCGGCCGAGGCCCUCGGCCCACGCCUGCCUCUCCGGCGCUGUGUCGGUCCCUGUCUCGCUCUUCGGCCCCGGUGUCUGUCUGGGAUGAGGAGGAGGACGGUGCCACCUUUACUGUCACAAGCCGCCAGUAUCGGCCUCUGGAUCCCUUGGCCCCCACGCCCCCGCCGCGGUCCUCCAGGCGGCUCCGAGCUGGCACUCUGGAGGCGCUGGUCAGACACCUGCUGGACGCCCGGACCUCAGGGGCUGACGUGACCUUCGUGUCAGCCUUCCUGGCUACACACCGGGCCUUCACCUCCACACCUGUCCUGCUCGGGCUCGUGGCUGACAGGCUGGAAGCCCUUGAGUCUCAUUCUGCUGAGGAACUAGAGAGGACAAUAGGGGUAGCCAUCUCUGUACUGUCAACCUGGCUGACCUCUCACCCUGAGGAUUUUGGCUCUGAGGUCAAGGGUCAGCUUGACCGGCUUGAGAGCUUCUUGCUUCGGACAGGGUAUGCAGCAGGGGAGGGUGUUGGGGGGGGCAGCGCUGACCUCAUCCGAAACCUCCGGUCCCGGGUGGACCCCCAGACCCCCGACCUUCCUAAGCCCCUGGCCCUCCCUGGCGAUCCCCCUGCUGACCCCACGGAUGUCCUGGUGUUCCUCGCUGACCACUUGGCCGAACAGCUGACCCUGCUAGAUGCGGAGCUGUUUCUUAACCUGGUCCCCUCUCAGUGCCUGGGGGCCCUGUGGGGUCACAGAGACCGGCCAGGACACUCCCACCUCUGCCCAUCUGUCCGGGCUACUGUCACACAGUUCAAUAAGGUGGCAGGGGCAGUGGUUAGCUCUGUUCUGGGCGCCACCCCGACUGGAGAGGGGCCUGGGGAGGUGACCAUUCGGCCACUCCGUCCCCCCCAGAGGGCCCGGCUCCUGGAGAAGUGGAUUCGUGUGGCAGAGGAGUGCCGGCUGCUGCGAAACUUCUCCUCAGUCUAUGCUGUUGUGUCGGCCCUGCAGUCCAGCCCCAUCCACAGGCUCCGGGCAGCCUGGGGGGAAGCAACCAGGGACAGUCUCAGAAUCUUUUCCAGCCUCUGCCAGAUUUUCUCCGAGGAGGAUAAUUAUUCUCAGAGCCGGGAGCUACUCCUGCAGGAGGUGAAGUUGCAGCCCCCUCUGGAGCCACACUCCAAGAAGGCCCCGAGGUCUGGCUGUCGGGGUGGGGGUGUGGUCCCAUACCUGGGCACCUUUCUGAAGGACCUCGUGAUGCUGGACGCAGCCUCCAAGGAUGAGCUGGAGAAUGGAUACAUCAAUUUCGACAAGCGGAGGAAGGAGUUUGCUGUCCUUUCCGACUUGCGGCGGCUUCAGAAUGAAUGUCGUGGUUAUGACCUCCGACCGGACCACGACAUCCAGCAGUGGCUACAGGGGCUCCGGCCGCUCACAGAAGCCCACAGCCACCGUGUAUCCUGUGAGGUGGAGCCGCCUGGUACCAGCGACCCUCCGGCCCCGCGGGUGCUCCGGCCAGCACUGGUCAUCACACAGUGGACUGACGUUCUGGGCUCUGUUGGUGGCCCCAGUCCCCUCGUGUCCUGGGACCGGCCCAGCGUCGGAGGCGAUGAAGCACCGGGAACCCCUGCUCCCCUGCUGACCCGGCUGGCCCAGCACAUGAAGUGGCCGUCUGUCUCGUCCCUGGACUCUGCGUUGGAGAGCAGCCCCUCCCUGCACAACCCGGCUGACCCCAGCCAUCUCUCUCCCCCCGCCUCCUCCCCCAGGACUUCUCGAGGUCACCGCCGCUCAGCCUCCUGUGGCUCCCCGCUGAGUGGGGGUACAGAAGGGUCCUCCAGGGGGACUGCAUAUGGGGGAGGAGGGUCUGGGCCAGGGGCCUCUGAUUGCCGAAUCAUCCGAGUCCAGAUGGAGCUGGGGGCAGACGGCAGUGUCUACAAGAGCAUCCUGGUGACAAGCCAGGACAAGGCUCCAAGUGUCAUCAGUCGUGUCCUUAAGAAAAACAAUCGGGAUUCUGCGGUGGCUUCGGAGUAUGAGCUGGUGCAGCUGCUACCAGGGGAGCGAGAGCUGACCAUCCCGCCCUCGGCCAACGUCUUCUACGCGAUGGACGGAGUGUCCCACGACUUCCUCCUGCGGCAGCGGCGAAGGGCCUCUGCUGCUGCCCUGAGCAGUGGCCCCUCUGCCUCAGGAACUCCUCCGAGUGAAGGAGGAGGGGGCUCUUUUCCCAGGAUCAAGGCCACAGGGAGGAAGAUUGCCCGGGCACUGUUCUGAGGAGGAAGCCAUGUUGGCUUGCAGAAGUCUUGGUGUUCAUACCACAUGUGGGUAGCCAUCUUGAAUGGAGGCUUGUAUGUCACACCGUGACAGAAACGCAGAGAGGCGGCUGCCACCCCGGGGCAGUGAAGUGCCACUGGUGUACCGACAACUGAGAAAGCCACCUUGGAUACCUGUGUGCAGCUCCCUACCCACCACGAGUGUGGCACACAGGAGCUGGCGCUGGGAAAGGCGUUGGCCACUGGUUUCCUGCUCCUGGCCGCAUCCUAGCAUGCAGGCCAAGGAGAACCAAGAAGUGGGGGGAGCAGAAAAGGCCUAAAGGCGCUGAGCCCUAGGGCAGUGGGUGAUGGCAAGAAGGUUCUAAUGAGUUGUUUCCCCACCCUGGGGGUUCCUGUCACUGUGACAACACUAAGAUAAUAAACCAAAACACUACCUGAGUUCUA